GUUAACGAGUAAUAUAAACAACGAACAAAAAAGUCGUCAAACAUCUCCUUUCUUCUAAUUUUUAACGCAUUUCAUUAGUUAAACAAUCAAAAAUAAUGGAAAUCGAUCCUCGCGUCGUUUUGUCCUACCUCAACCAGUUGGGAUACCGAAACAUCACGGCGCUACAAUUGAAAGAAUUUAUGAAAGAUCUGCACAAAUUGAUCAAAUAUGAAGCGCAAAUAGCCAAAUGUGAAAGGCCAAAUCGGAAUUUUGUCCAGGAAUGUGUCCACUCUUUGACUGCCGGAGCGAAAAAAGAUGCAAACGUUCAAAUUCCGGAAUAUCCGAGUGACUCUUCGAAAGAAAAUCAACAAAAAGUAACAAAAAAUGCGGAAAAACCAAUCGAGAAAAAAAGCUCGCCCAAGAGAGUUUCAAGAGGAGUGAGCACCGAUCACAUCAAAGUCAAGGAAAUUGAUGAGAAUAAAAAAUCUCAACCAACUCCUGAACCUCCUCCAAUCAACAAAGAAAACAUUUCAAGACCGUGUUCGAGAACUUCGUCAAAGGCAACUUACGAUGUCAAAACUGAUAACGAAGAACGGUGUAAAAUGUGGAUUCGCACAACGAGACCGAAGCCAAUGAAUCACAAAAAUGAUCCCGUGGAGUUGUAUCAUAAAUAUGCCAGAGAAUGGGAAAGACAUAAGCAACAUAUUCCGGGCGAAAAUGAUCAUUCGGAGUUACGGUGGCGAAUAAGGACGAAACUUUUAAGUUAAAAAUGUUAAAUUAAAUUUUUGAAUAAUUGGAUUUAAUUUCAUUUGAAUGUUAAUUGAGUUUUAAUAGCUCAAAAUAAAAGUUGAAAU